AUGUCCGAGGUGAGCCCCAGCCCAAUUGCCAUCAUUGGCAUGGCAUGCCGCCUACCCGGUGGUUCGGAUAACCCAGACAAACUCUGGGAUAUGCUGUCCGAGGGACGGACUGGCUGGCGUGAGAUUCCCGAAGACAGAUGGAACAAAGAUUCCUUCUAUCACCCCGAUCCGGAGGCCAAAGAGGCAGUCAACUUCAAGGGCCUUUACUUCCUAGAUCAGGACAUUACUGCUUUUGAUGCACGCUUCUUCAACAUCCAUCCUCAUGAGGCUCACUGUCUUGAUCCACAACAACGCAUCUUGAUGGAGACGACAUACGAGGCACUUGAGAAUGCCGGCCAGACACUUGCAGGAAUUAAGGGCUCCGACACUUCUGUCCAUGUCGGAGCUUAUGCUACCGACUUCGAGCGUAUGGGUUACAAGGACACAGCAAGAACCCCAAAGGCUCACAUGAUCGGCACCGGAAUUGCCAUCCUUUCCAACAGGAUAUCCUAUGUCUUUGAUCUCAAGGGUCCAUCCAGCACAGUGGACACUGGGUGUUCAGGAAGUAUGGUUGCCCUGCAUCAAGCAUGUCAUGGGCUUCGAGCGAGGGAAUCCAAGAUGGCCAUUGUGGCUGGUACACAAUUGGUCCUGACACCCGAUCAGAUCAUUCCCAUGAGUAGUGUUGGUAUGACCAACCCAGAUGGCAAGUGCUACGUCUUUGACAGCCGCGGUGCUGGGUAUGCCAGAGGUGAGGGUGUCGUCAGUUUCAUUCUCAAGCGCUUUGACGACGCUGUCAGAGAUGGCGACAAAGUACACGCCAUCAUCAGAAACUCUGGCCUGAACCAAGACGGCAAGACAGCAGGUCUCACACUUCCCAACCCCAUCUCUCAAGCGAGCCUUAUGCGUCAGGUGUACAAGAAUGCCGGCCUUGACCCAGCAGAUACUGCAUAUGUUGAGGCACAUGGAACAGGAACCAAAGCAGGUGACAGCGCAGAGAUUUCCUCCAUCGCGGAAGUCUUCUGCCCUAAUGGAGAACGUGAAGGCGGCCUUUACGUCGGCUCUAUCAAGUCAAACAUUGGGCAUCUUGAAGCUUCAAGUGGUGUCGCAGGCCUACUCAAGGCAGUUCUCAUCUUGAAGCACGGAGCAAUCCCACCCAACGUUGACUUCAUCGAGCCGAAGCCUACCCUCCAUCUUCAGGAGCGUAAGAUCAAGAUUGCAACUGAGAUGGUGCCUCUUCCUUCAUCAAGUGGUCCCCGGCGAGUGUCUGUCAAUUCCUUCGGCUACGGUGGAACCAACGCCCACGUCAUCUUGGAGGCCCCGCCUACCUACGAGAAGCCAGAAGACUUGCCAGUUUCGAAUGGUUCAAAUGGCACAAAUGGACACUCGGAAGAGACCAACGGCAUCAAUGGCCACUCCAAUGGAACAAACGGUGUCAACGGCCAUUCCAAGGAAGCCAACGGCACCAACGGGCACGUCAAGGAGACAAAUGGCACCAAUGGACAUCCAGAAGAGGCCCAAUCUAUGCCAAGCAAGACCUCUGAAGGUUCUAUAACCAACGAAACCAAUGGGGUCAACGGGAAGCAGACUGCUACGCACAGCUCUCAGCUCUUCGUCUUGUCAGCUCGAUCCGAAGCAUCCCUGCAGACAAUGGUGUCUAACCUGCAAAAAUGGGUCUCUGCCCACGACGAUGCUUCCUACUUCCCCGACCUUGCCUACACCCUGUCCACUCGACGAUCGGAGAUGCAGUUCCGUUUCAGUGUGGCGGCGGCUGGUCAUGAAGAACUGAUCGAUCUCCUUGGCCAGAAGCCCCGUAUCACUAAGGCCAUGUCUACGUUCCGCUCCGUGUUCCUCUUUACUGGCCAAGGAGCACAGUGGCAUGCUAUGGGUCGCGAGCUCACUAUGUACCAGCCUGUUUUCAGAGCAUCUAUGCUACGAUCCGAUGAGAUCCUGAAGCAGCUGGGAGCAGAAUGGAGUCUGAUCGACGAACUAUCUAGGGACGAGAAGAGCUCGCGAGUUGGCCAAGCCGAGAUCUCUCAGCCAUCUACCACUGCCAUACAAAUUGCAUUGGUGGACCUCCUCAAGAGCUUCGGCGUCUUACCCAAUGCUGUUCUCGGCCACAGCAGCGGCGAGAUAGCUGCCGGCUACGCUGCCGAGGCUCUGGACCACGAGACAGCGCUGGAGAUCUCUUACAGGCGUGGCUUCAUGUCCAAGGCCUGUGCUCGUGUCAUCUCAAGCAAGGGUGCCAUGAUGGCUGUUGGUUUAGGUGAAGACGAUGUGCAGAAGUACAUCGACCAGACCCGGACGGGACUGAUCUGUGUUGCAUGCGUCAACUCUCCCGUCAGCACAACCAUCUCUGGAGAUGAGAGUGCCAUCGACGAGCUGAAGCAGCUUCUUGAUGAAGAGUCUAUCUUCAACCGCAAGCUCAAGGUAGACACGGCCUAUCACUCCCACCACAUGAAAAAGGUCGCGGGCGAGUACCUUGAGUCCAUCUCGCAUAUCAAGGCCCGUACUCCAAACCCUGAGGUCAAGUUCUACUCUUCUGUGGUUGUUGCCCAAAAGGCAGAUGACUUUGGUGCCCAGUAUUGGGUUGACAACCUAGUAUCUCCAGUCCGUUUCGGCAACGCUCUGGACCUCCUCUGUCGCGCAGAGACUGUUGGAGUUGAACCAUCGCCAUUCACUUUGUUCACUGAGGUUGGCCCGCACGGCGCCUUGGCUGGUCCUGUCAGACAAACUAUCAAGGGCCUCGACCUGCCCAGCUUCAAGUCCAACUACCUGUCCACUUUGGUACGAGGCCGUGACGCUGUCAUCAGUCUUCUGGAAACGGCAGGCAAACUGUUCGAGGCUGGAUACCCAGUUUCGUUGGAAGCUACACUUGCACAAGAUGGGUCCAAACCUCCGAGCUUGAUCGAUGAUCUCGCACCAUACCCCUGGGAUCACUCCACGAACUACAUCUACGAGUCAAACCUCAGUAAGCAACAUCGCUUCCGCGCGCACCCACCGCAUGAUCUCCUUGGUCUGCGGGUCCCUGGAACUACCACCCAGGAGCCUACUUGGCGCAACUUCCUUGGUGUCGACAGCCUUCCUUGGUUGAAAGAUCAUGUUGUCGAUGGCUUUGCUAUCUAUCCUGCUGCAGCUUAUCUCUCCAUGGCCAUCGAAGCGGCGCGACAGAUCAGUAACGACAGGAAGGUUCAGGGUGUCAUCUCUCAGGUACAUCUGAAGAACGUCUCGUUCUCCAAGUCUAUCAUGAUCCCCGAGCGACGCUCAGAUGGUCUGACAUCUGAUGUCGAAGUUCUCCUCACUUUGAGGCCUGCCAAGCACUUGACUGAUCGUACGUGGGAGACCUUCCGCAUCAUGGCUUUAUCCCCGGAGGAUGUCUGGCAUGAGCACUGCUCUGGAUCCAUUAUGCUCGAGUGGGUCUCCAAGGAGGACGAGGUUGAGGGUCUCCGUGAAGAGAACAUGACCGUCUCGAGCCGCCUCAAUCACCUUCAAGACAUCAUCGAUGCGUGUGACACGUCUUUCAACGGUGAGGACCUUUACAAGAACUUUACCGAGAACGGAAAUGUUUAUGGUCCUACCUUCCAAGGUAUUCAGUCCGCAAAGAUCGGCCCUCGUGGUGGGAUUGCCGAGAUCAGCAUUCCCGACGUGGCCAGCGUGAUGCCUCGGAAGCACCAACAGCCUCAUGUCAUCCAUCCAGCUCCGCUCGACUCUGUCUUCCAGCUGGGAAUUCCUCUCUACAGAAGAAGCAUUGGAAAUGGACCCGUGAUGCCUACAACCAUCGAUGAAAUGACCAUCGACUGCCGCCUGAGCAGCGAUCCUGGCACCAGAUGGGUUGCUUCCACCACCAUCAUCGAGGCGGGCUUCCGGUUUGCUCGCAUCGAGAUCAUGGUGUUUGAGGAGAAAGCUGAGGGUGAGCCGCUGGUACCCGUAAUCAACAUUGCGGGAGGAUCACUUCGAGGUAUUGGUGAAGCUCCAGUUGACGAGACGACUCUCCCGUUCAAUCGCAAGAUGAGUUAUGCCAUCGAGUGGAAGCCGGAUGUGGAUCUUAUUCCGCCUCAGAAGCUGGGAGAGUCUCAGCUGGUCGACUAUCUUCAGCUCCUGGCCUUCAAGCAGCCGCAUAUGAAGAUCUUGGAAGUUGGAGCUGGAACUGAGGCCGCCGUGGCACUGCCGUUGAUCCAAGCACUCGAUCGUCCAGAAGGUCUUUUGCUCGACCGAUACUGCUACACCGACACCAACAGCGAGGCCUUGGAGCAAGUCAAGGCAUUGCUUCAAGAUUGGAGCGAUCGUGUUGAUGUCAAGACUUUAGACAUCUGCAAGGAUCCUCCUCAACAAGGCGAGUACGACCUCAUCAUCGCGUCAAACGCGUUUCACGGAACAAGUUCCAUCGAUGAGAGUCUGUCCAACUCGCGAAAGCUCUUGAACUCUGGUGGACGACUGGUCCUUGGCGUUUCUGCUCCCUCGUCAGAGGGUGAGUGGGCUGCUCGCCUGGAAAAGUACGGCUUCCGGGGUGUCUCGCCUGAUUGCUAUACCGCGCAAUCUCAUCUGAUUGCGGCCACAGCUAUCGACGAACAGUCUACUUUGCGAGAAGACUUCCCCUCUGUCCACGUCAUCUGCCAGUCUCAGUCGCAUGGCGAGUUUACGUCUCUCGCUGUCUUGCUCGUGGCCAAGCUGACAAACAUGGGAUUUCCUUGCUCUCUCGGCGCCUUGUCAUCUGAACCAGUCAGCACUGACGGUAUUUACAUCGUCCUUGAUGAUGCAGCAGAUGCUAUAUUGGCCUCACCAACUGCCGAAAAGUUUUCUCAAGUUGUGUCGCUGGUCACCAAGGCAAAGAACGUGUUGUGGGUUAGCUGUCAAGGAAGCGGCUCUGAUGUCCACAAUCCGGCCAAGGGCAUGAUCACUGGUCUCUCUCGAGUUGUUCGACGAGAGAACGCGGGAAUGAGAUUCGUCACACUCGACGUGCAGGCCGACAUCAUGUCCAGCCCAGAUACACUGGUCUCUCAGCUCCAGGACAUUGUUGCAAGGUCUUUUGCUACUCCAAUCAGCGCGACACGAUCUGAUGAGGAUGAGUACGCUUUCAGCGACGGCCAGCUUCUCAUCCCCAGAGUCCACGCCGAUGCCAAGUUCGAUGACUGGGUGCAGAGGGCCAUCUAUGUGCAAAGUAUGGCGACGGGGUCUUUCCAACAAUCGGAGCGACCACUCAAGUUAGAGGUUGAGACACCUGGACUUCUGAGCAGUCUUCGGUUCGUGGACGAUGAAAUCCCUUCAAAGCCUCUUGGGCCUUUUGAGCUGGAGCUUGAAGCCAGAGCGUAUGGUGUCAACUUCAAGGACGUCUUCAUCGCUAUGGGUCAAAUGGUGCCCGGUGUCACCAUGGCUGGUGAAUGUACCGGCAUCGUUCGCAAGGUGGGAUCCGAAGUUGGGGACAAGUUCAAGGUCGGAGAUCGCGUCUGCGGUAUCUUUGCCGAGCCCUUCUCUAGCCAUCCUCGUAUCAACGGCAACUUCAGCAGUCGCCUUCCGGAGACAAUGUCUUACUCUGUUGGAGCGUCUAUCCCUGUCAUCUUCUGCACUGCGUAUCACUGCCUUGUCGAAGUCGCUCGUCUCGAACGUGGACAGACUAUCUUGAUCCAUGCCGCUUCUGGUGGUGUUGGUCAGGCAGCCAUCCAGCUUGCUCAGAACAUUGGAGCCGAGAUUUUUUGCACUGUUGGCAGCAGCGCUAAGCGUCAGUUGCUCAUUGACACUUUCAACAUCCCGCCCAGUCACAUCUUCUCAUCCAGACUGCGGACAUUCAAGCAGGGCAUCCUUCGACUUACCCAGAACAGGGGUGUUGACUGUGUCUUGAACUCCCUUUCGGGCGAGUCGCUUCAUGACUCUUUCGCCGUUCUCGCACCCCUGGGAACCUUUGUCGAGAUUGGCAAGUCCGACAUCUAUCGGAAAAACGAGAUCAGCAUGGUUCCUUUCGACAGCAGUGUCACCUUUGCUGCUGUGGACCUGACAGUUCUUGCUCGCCUCAAACCAACCAAGAUGAGAGAGACUCUCGAAAAGGUCUUGUCCAUGUUUGAGGACGGAACUUUGAAGCCUGUUGCUCCCAUAACAACCAUGCCCAUGACGGACAUUGAGGAUGCUUUCCGCCUGAUCCAGUCCAGGAAGCAUACUGGCAAGGUUGUUCUUGUCUCUGACGAUCAGACACAAGUCAAGUUGACCUUGGCUCGUCCCAAGCCUCUUUCCUUGGACCAGAAUGGCACUUAUGUCGUUUCUGGUGGUCUUGGAGACCUUGGUCGGAGAAUUGCCAAGUUCCUGGCUUCUCAUGGCGCGGGACAUGUGGUUACGCUCUCUCGGCGUAAGCUCCAAGAGGAAGACCAACUUGCUUUCCAGGAAGAAUUUCGCGCGUUGGGCUCGGAGCUACACGUCAUCGGUUGCGAUAUCACUGAUGAGGAGUCAGUUCGAUCGGCCGUUGCCGAGUGUUCCGCCAGCCUGCCCCCAGUGAGAGGAGUCGUCCACGCGGCAAUGGUGUUGAGAGAUCACCCCUUCGAGAUCAUGUCUCACGACGACUACAUCACUGCCACCAAGCCCAAAGUCCAGGGAACUCGCAAUCUUGAUGAAGCUUUUGGGGCUUCUGACUUCUUCAUCAUGCUUUCAUCCAUCACGGCGAUUCUUGGAAAGUCUGGGCAGUCCAAUUACGCCGUGGGUAACGCCUAUCAAGAUGCCUUUGCUCAGAGCAAAAAGUCGUCAAAGUGCAGAUACAUCGCCCUUAACCUGGGUGCUGUCGACGGCUCGCUUGCCAUCACGUCUCUCCCCGCCGUACAGCAAGAGGCCAUGCGACGGGGUUCCGUUCUGAUGUCCUUUGACGAAGUGUUCGCAGUCAUGAAAUAUGCAAUGAGCCCGGAGGUAAGCCAGGAUGAUCUUCACCAGCUGAUCCUCGGAUUCGACCGAAAGUCGAUGGAGGCGGUCCACGACGAGGCUGCUCUUGCAAAUCCCAUGUUCAGCCAGGUUCCUCGCCUCGAGCAAGAGGGAGAAACGAAGAAGGAGGCAGCUACCGACAUUGGCAAGUUGAUCCAACAAGCGACUACGCCAGAGGAGGUCCAAAGCAUCGUCGUUAGUGGCAUCUGCCAGCGAUUCGCCAUGUUCACCGCUUGCCCUGUCGAGGACAUCAGCCCGGAUGUUUCGAUGGAGAGUUUCGGUCUCGAUUCUCUUGUCGCUAUUGAGUUGAAGAACUACCUCGUGCGGACUUUCGAGGCGACACUACAGACAUCCGAAGUUCUGGAUGCUCCCAACAUCGUCAGCCUGGCCAAGACCAUCAUUCUUAGGUCCAAGCUUGUCUCCCAGAACACCGGGGAAUGUGUUGUCGAGAAAGAAGAUGCCGUUGUUGCCCAGAAGGCCUUGGAAUCUGCGAUUGAGAGUGAGGCUCCUGCUGCAAACCACAACUUCCACUGCUGCAAAGCGUCCAAAACCCUCAACAAGAUGCCUCUCUUCGAUUUUGAUGUCAUGUUCGAUGAGUACCUCGACAGAUCCAGGAUGUUCUUCUCACCUGAGGAAUUUGAGACUAUAGAGAGGGAUGUGGCUGAGUUCAGAAAGCCAGGGAGCACAGGUCGAAAGCUGUACAAUCGUCUCUACGAGGAGGCCAACGACCCAGAGAUUGAGAAUUGGCAGGAAAAGUAUUUCCUGCAGAGCAUGUACCUGGAGAGACGAAUGCCACUCGCACCAUUCAACAACUUCAUGGCGUUCCACCCUCUCGGAGAGAUGGGUCACACUCAAGCGGAACGAGCAGCUCUGAUCGCCAGCAUUGCCUUCCAGUGCAAGCAGGAUCUCGAGGCGGAUCGAUGGGAGCCCAUGGCUUACAUGUUCACGGCCAACUGCACAGAUCUUUGGCAGUACAUCUUCAACACGGCUCGUCUCCCUGGUGUUCCUCUGGACCGCAUGGCCAAGUUUCCUGGCAAUGACUACAUGGCAGUACUCCACCGUGGGCAUAUCUUCAAGGUCAUGCUCAAGGAUGGAGAUGAGAACGUUUCUGCUGAGGCGCUGAUCAAGAUCUUCAAUGCCAUUCUGAACCGGCCAGAUACUGACGAGAACUGGACGAGCAUUCUCAGCGCCGACGAUCGGACGUCUUGGGCCGAGAGCCGACAAGCGCUGAUGGACCUAGAGCCAGCCAACAAAGAAACCAUCGACAUGGUCGAAGCCUCUGCUUUCCUUGUCUGUCUUGAUGACACAGAACCCGCUGACGCGGAAGAGCGAAUCAAGGACAUGAUGAUGCUAAAGGGAUUCAACCGAUGGGUUGACAAGUCCAUCGCCUUUGUGGUUUGCAAGAACGCAACUUCUGGCACAUACGUCGAGCACACUUGUAUUGAUGCCAUGACUCUAUUUGCGAUGCAGACUGCCAUCGUGCAGGGCAUCAACACCUACGAGCCACCCCGACACGUCAAUGGACACACGAAUGGCGUCGUCGAGGUGCCCAGCGAGUUCACGCUCAAGACGACCCCUGCCUUGGAGGAGCGCAUCCUCCACGUCCGCCAGCGAUUUGAGGAUGAGAUCGCCAAGUUUGGGUACAGGGACAUUGUCCUCUCCGAGUUCGGGAAGGAUAUCCUCCUUGAUCGCCAUCUUCCCAUCAAGGGCAUCUUCGAUCUCAUGUGCCUUCUCGCCAACUACUACUACUACGGCUACAACGCCCAGUCUUGGGAGGCAAUCUCCAUGUCCCACUACCACAAGGGCCGACCAGACAUUGUGCAAGUCAACACGCCCACAACUGCGCACUUCUGUACCAUUGCAGACGAUGAGAGCCUGCCAGCCCGCAAACGCUUCGAAUUGAUGCUCGACGCCGCCAAUGAUCGGAACCAGACCAUCAAGGAUGCCUUCAUGGGCCACUGCUACCAGCGAACGCUCAGAGCCCUGGAGCUUUGUGUGGAGGAGGGUGAAGAACUGCCCGAUCUCUUCAAGAACCCACACUACGAACAAACUGUGGAGCCAAACCAGAUGUUCUCAAAUACUGAUGGCCUCUCUCCCGAGUCUUGCUUCAUCAUGCAGAACCCUGAGAGAUUCUGGAUGACAUACUAUGUCACUGACGGAGGAUCGCAUUUCUCAGUCAUCACUGGAAAGAAGGAGGUGGUUGCAUGGGCAGACUGCUUGCAGCGUGCUUCAUUGGUGAUGAAGACGUUGAUCGAUGCGGCAUAA